CGAAGAGCAAGAGAGAAGGUGGAAACUGGACAGACACUGGCAGGUGGGAAGGUAACAAGAAGUGGGUGUCAUUGGGGCCCACGCAUCAAAGCAAGGUUGAAAAGAGAAAGAUUAAAGAAACCUAACCUGUAGAGCAUGACUGAGGUUGGAGAGGCGGGAGAAAGCUUACGGAAGAUCUCCUGAUGACAGGGCGCAGCACCGCGUUUACCACUGGGCACGUCAUGGGUGUGCGCCGCGUGCUGGUGCGGAGAGGCCUCCUUAGAAGGGACCUCUUUAUGACCAGGACUCUCUGCAGCCCAGGCCCUCGCCAGCCCAGAGAGAAAGGACCUGAGGAGGUGGCCCUGGGGCUGUACCACCGCCUCACAGCCCUAGGAAGAGCCCUGGGGCACAACAUUCGUCAGCGAGCGUCCUCCACUGCCACGACUUGGUGGGACAGAUAUGAAGAGUUUGUCGGACUCAAUGAGGUUCGAGAGGCCCAGGGAAACGUGACCGAGGCAGAGAAAGUGUUCAUGGUGGCGCGAGGGCUUGUCCGAGAGGCUCGGGAAGACUUGGAAGUUCACCAGGCCAAGCUGAAGGAGGUGAGGGACCGCUUGGACCGUGUCUCCAGAGAGGAUAACCAGUACCUAGAGCUGGCUACGCUGGAGCACAGGAUGCUGCAGGAGGAGAAGAGGCUUCGUGCAACCUAUCUGCGUGCCGAAGACUCAGAGCGAGAGAAGUUCUCCCUCUUCUCUGCCGCUGUGCGGGAAAGUCACGAGAAGGAGCGCACUCGAGCUGAGAGAACCAAGAACUGGUCCCUCAUUGGGUCAGUCCUGGGGGCCCUGAUUGGCGUGGCUGGCUCCACCUAUGUGAAUCGGGUGCGGCUACAGGAGCUGAAGGCCUUGCUCUUAGAGGCACAGAAGGGGCCUCUGAGCCUCCAGGAGGCCAUCCGAGAACAGGCAUCCAGCUACUCCCUCCAGCAGAGGGACCUCCACGACCUCAUGGUAGACCUAAGGGGUCUGGUACGAGCUGGGCCCGGGCAGAGCCCUGGGGCCCAGGCAGGUACUUCCCCCACCCGAGACAGAGACACGGAUGUCCUUUCAGCUGCCUUGAAAGAGCAGCUCAGCCAUUCCAGGCAGGUCCGUUCCUGUCUAGAGGGUUUACGAGAGCGGCUUGAUGGCUUGGAAAAGACGUUCAGCCAGACGGCUGAGGUGGUUCAGCUUGCAAAGGCUGCAGUGCAUCCAGGCCUGGUGGAGCCAGCAGAUGGGGCUCUGCCUGGCUCCUUGCUGGAGCAGGGGAACAUGAUCCUGGCACUCUCGGGCAUGGAGCAGAGGUUAGAAGCCCAGGUCAACAGGAACACCAUCUACAGCACACUGAUCACCUCUGUGACAUUUGUGGCCGCGCUGCCUGUGCUCUACAUGCUGUUCAGGGCCAGCUAGCCCCUGGACCCUCCUCCAGAGGCCCUGAGGGGAUAGGUGUGGCUGUGGAUUUAGAGAAUCCCAACAAUGAAGUGAGCCUUUGGGGUGCACGCAGCCUCACCCUGAGGCUGAGCACCAUCUGUGUGGCUGACCAGCGGGCAUACUUUGCUUUCUAGAAAAUGCUCCCUUAUGUUAAUUAUCAAAACUCUAUGCUAAUGUCCAAUUAAAAUGUCUUUGGGUUUGUGUUA